AUGAAUCGUUAUAUAACCUUAAGUCAACUGGGAGAUGGUACCUAUGGCACUGUAGUGCUGGGACAACGAAAGGACACUGGAGAAAAGGUGGCCAUUAAACGCAUGAAACGAAAAUAUUAUUCAUGGGAGGAAGCAAUGAAUCUGCGAGAAGUCAAAUCUCUCAAAAAACUAUCCCAUCCAAAUAUUGUGAAACUUAAAGAAGUUAUAAGAGAAAAUGAUACAUUAUAUUUUGUAUUUGAAUAUAUGAAAGAAAAUCUGUAUCAGAUGAUUAAAGAUCGUGAGACUCACUUGCCAGAACCAACCUUAAAAAGUAUAUUGUUUCAGGUUUUUACUGGUUUGGCUUUUAUGCAUCGCCAUGGAUUUUUUCAUCGUGAUUUAAAACCUGAAAAUUUACUGUGCUCCGGUCCAGAACUAAUAAAGAUAGCUGAUUUUGGUCUGGCAAGGGAAAUACGCUCAAGACCUCCCUUUACCGAUUAUGUGUCAACAAGAUGGUAUCGUGCCCCAGAGGUAUUAUUACACUCAACCACUUACGGCAGCUCUAUUGAUAUGUGGGCCAUGGGUUGUAUUAUGUCUGAAUUAUAUACAUUUCGCCCCUUAUUUCCUGGGAGCAGCGAAGUUGAUCAACUUUAUAAAAUAUGUUCCGUUUUAGGGACACCAGAUAAGAAUGAUUGGCCAGAAGGUUACAGAUUAGCCGCAGCCAUACAUUUUCGAUAUCCAGACUGCGUUCGAGUACCUUUAAAUUCGAUAGUAACACGAUGCAGUCAAUCUGGUUUAGAUCUAUUAGAAGAUUUGUUGCUCUAUGAUCCAGAUAAAAGGCCAACGGCACAACAGAGUCUUAAAUAUCCAUAUUUUAAUGCUAUGAAACGUAUAUCACCAGCAGCAGCUACAAAGGCCAAUGUCAAGUUAACCGCCAAAUAUGGCAACAACUCGAAUUUGACACACAAUUUGUCAAGCAAUGUGCUUCCGGUGCAAGAGAAACUACAAACUCUUACCGAAAUAAUACAACGUAGUAAUAUGAAUAAUAAUAAAAAUAACAACAAUAAUAAUACCAAUAAUAACAACAUUAACAAUACCGAUAUCUCAGCGGCCAAUUUAAGUAGUUCAAAAAAUGGUCAUAUUAUAGUACAACAAGCCAAAAAUGUCAGCCAAAUACCGAAAAUAAGUUUUCUAACAAUGAACUCAAAUGAUUUGAUAAAUCCACCGCAACAAAAAUUUCAGCAAAAAUCCCUAAACGAAUCGGGAUCAGUGAAAAGUGAAACAAUACGUUAUAACACAAUAUUGGCGCCCUCGAGUAAUAUUUAUCUAAGUACCGGAAAUCUAAAUCAGAGUACUGAAAAUUUGUCACGCAAUGAAUCGAUUAAUGAUAUAUUUCUGAAUCGUAAUAUAUCGCAACUGUUUGGCUUAAGUCAAACUCCCGCCUCAAACGUACAGCCGCAACAUCCAAAUGUGUCAUUUCACAGUAACAAUAUAAUGGGUAAUCGGGGCAACAAUGCUAUCUAUGUCAAUGGUUCACGCAACUAUGCUCUUUACGAAACUGCAGCCAAAAAUGCAAAAAAUUCGGCCAAAAUUGGUGGUUACUAUGUCUAUACAAGACCAUCACAAGAUUACGGUAUAAAUGAAUCUAGCAAAGUGUAUAAUAUGUUUUCGAAGGUGGGCAUGAAACAAAAUAAUCCUCCUGCAGAGCUGAUCGUACGCAACUCGUAUGAACCCACUUUGAUGGGAAGUAAGGUGUUUGCCAGUAAUGAUCGUUUAUCAGCACGAUCACAGAUCGGUCGUUAUGACGCCAAUCGAAAGGAAAGAGAAAAUGAUAUGUUUUUGGCCGCAGAUGAGUCUAACUAUGAGAACAAUUCCAAACACAAUGAGAAUGGAGACGAAUUGGAUACAAUAUUGGGUACGAAACUAAAAAGCUCGGCGAAGAAGCAAAGAAAUUCUAAAUCAAAUAUUCUCUUAGAAGACCUUUUUGGUCAUCUAUCAAUGGACUCAGAUGUAAGUGAUAACAAGUUUCCAGAUCAACUUGUUACGGAUCGUACAUCUAAUAUCCCGAUAAAAAAGCAUUCAAAUCCUUUGAGUAGUAUCGAAGCUAAUAACGGCAGUAGAACAGAUUCUUUUACAACAAAUGCAGACCUUUCACCCAAAGAUCACAACAAUUUAUAUUCGAAUGAUGAAGACGAUUGCCAAUUUUGGCCCAUAAGAGCCAAAUUUCAGGGAAACCAAAACACGCAAUUCCCUUGGGAUGAAACGAAUAAAACAGAGGAUGAAAAACUAACAGCCUGGAUGGUAUCCGACAAUGGUAAAUUAAAAUAUGCAAACAACAUUUAGAGAAUGUAGGAAAAAUCAUCACAAAAUCGGUCAACUAAACUAAUUCUGCUCAAAACUCACAAAACUAAGAAACAA